CAAACUGCCAGGGCACAGCGCAUUCGGGCUCUCUCAAGUGCGUCGUAUGAUAUGCAGCGUGGCGCAUCGGUCAGCAGCCUUGUACAACACGGACCGACGUAAAAGACUCGUUGCCUGCUAGGCCAUGUAGCUCAUCAUCUGCGCUCGAAUCGUCGACACCAUGCCCUCCUCUGAGAAGUCUAUUUAUAUGCUUGUAACGCCAGAUCCGUGGCACCAGCUCGACUACCACGUGUAUCAGGGCCAGAAGGGUUUUGAGGUCAAGAUCGGUGACGGAAAACGAGACUACUCCUCGCAUAAAACACAUUUUCUCCAGGUGGCUAACACCAACGACUGCCCUGGCUACAUACAAGAUUUCGAUGCGAAGGGCAAGGACAGGAGACAGUUCGGGAAAAUCCUCGAAAGGGUGUGUUUCAAGGAGUAUGCGCUACGCGACUGCUUCGGGGGCCAAAAUACCGAGUUCUACCACAUUACUGUUGAUGGGACUACUUAUACGAUUGAGCAACUGCGCAAAGAUCUGCAGGAAGCUACGGUCAAUUUCGAGAAAGCAUGGUUCCGUCCAAAGUACAUCUCACCUGAGGUUGAUCGGUUCUAUGAGGCAAUGCGUCGCAUUCAGCAGAACUGUAACGUAGAGUAGGAGCCUCUCGGCACGAAUCCGUGAGAUGUCAGAGACGAGUGUUCUUUGAUCAAGCAUGAUCCCGGGAGUAGUCUGUGGCCAUACUUACACUUCGAUACCACAAAAAUCGUUAUCUCAGUGCGCAUAUAGAAACAAAUGGUGCCCUGUUUG